UCAAGGGCGGGAGGGAGGAAGGGCCGAGCUGGAAAGGGCGUGCUGCCCUUUGCAGCUGGCGCUGGGAGCAGCCUGGUCUGCAGCAUUGUUACCUGAGGCAGCGGCCGCGCCCCGCCCCGCGCCGCCCUGCCCCCUCGCGGCCCCGAGCAGCCCUGACUGCAGUGACCCAGGAGGAGGCGACGGCGCUGGGAGACCGCGGGCGGCGGGGAGAGAGGAGCGCGCGCUGGGAGCGCCAGCCGCGGGUUUGGAAGAUGACACACAACGCAGUUGCCUUUGCUCUGGCGGCAGACUAGUGGGCGGAACAGUAUGACACAAAUUUGAUGUCGGUGUCUGCUUGUCUGCUUCCCCAAGGUCAAGAAAUUAUCUCCUUAGAAGGCAACAGUACUAUGCAUGUUAUGAAUUGUGUCUCCUUGGUCAGUGAUAAAGGAAAUGGGAAUAUUGCCACGACAGCUGGAUUCAUGAUUGGGCAAACGCCGCCACCACCACCUCCUCCUCUACCCCCUCCACCUCCACCAUGCCCAUACUCAGGAAAAGGGUUUCCUCCACCUCCCCCUCCCCCUCCACUGCCUGGGGGGCCUCCGGUCCCCCCUCCCCCCCCAGGACUACCCCCAACCUCCCACCUGAACGGCUACAGCCACCUCGGUAAGAAAAAGCGGAUAAGGAGCUUUUUUUGGAAAACCAUUCCAGAGGAGCAAGUUCGUGGCAAAACCAACAUCUGGACCUUGGCAGCCAGGGAGCAGCAUCACUACCAAAUUGAUACAAAGAGCAUCGAGGAGCUGUUUGGGCAGCAAGAAAAUACCACCAAGUCUUCCCCUUCUGGGCGAGGAGGGCCUUUAAAUUCGUCCUUCAGGGAGGGCAGAGAAGAGAUUACUAUCUUGGAUGCAAAACGGAGCAUGAACAUUGGGAUAUUUCUAAAGCAGUUUAAGAAGUCUCCUCUGUCCAUUGUGGAAGAUAUUCAUCAAGGAAAGAGUGAGCAUUAUGGAUCAGAGACAUUACGUGAAUUUCUUAAGCUUUUGCCAGAGUCAGAGGAGAUAAAGAAACUAAAGGCAUUUAGUGGAGACGUGGCCAAGCUGUCCCUAGCAGACUCCUUUCUGCACUGCUUAAUUCAGGUGCCAAACUGUUCACUGCGGAUUGAAGCCAUGGUGCUAAAGAAAGAAUUUUUGCCCUCUUGUUCUUCUCUAUACACAGAUAUAACCAUUCUAAGAACCGCUACAAAAGAGCUGAUGUCAUGUGAGGAGCUACAUUCGAUAUUACACUUGGUGCUACAAGCAGGGAAUAUCAUGAAUGCAGGAGGGUAUGCUGGCAAUGCAGUAGGAUUUAAACUAUCUUCUUUGCUCAAAUUGGCAGACACAAAAGCAAAUAAACCUGGGAUGAAUCUCCUGCACUUUGUUGCACAGGAAGCCCAGAAGAAAGAUGCUAUGCUUCUAAACUUUUCUGAAAAACUGCAUCAUGUUCAGGAGGCUGCUAGAUUAUCUCUGGAUAACACAGAGGCAGAGCUGCACUCGCUCUUUGUCAGGACAAGAUCUCUAAAGGAGAACGUCCAGCGGGAUGGUGAGCUCUGUCAGCAGAUGGAAGAUUUCCUUCAGUUUGCCCUGGGAAAGCUGGCAGAGCUGGAGCGCUGGAAGCAAAAGCUCCAGGACGAGGCCCACACCCUCAUCGACUUUUUCUGUGAAGACAAAGACACUGUGAAACUGGACGAGUGCCUUCAGAUAUUCAGAGACUUCUGUGUCAAAUUCAACAAAGCAGUGAAGGACAACCACGACCGCGAGGUGCAGGAGCUGAGGCGCCUGCAGCGGCUGAAGGAGCUGGAGCAGAAACGGCAUUUCUGGGCGGCUGGGGAGCUUGGAUUCGGCCGGAGCAGCAGUGAGAAUGACGUGGAACUGUUGACUAAGAGGGGCGUGGAGGACCUGCUGCCUUUCCUGUACUCCAGGCCCAUCAGCCUCUCCUACCGGCCCCCCAACACCCGCCGCUCCCGCCUCUCCCUGGGCAUCGUGGCCGACCGGGAGCUGCUGACCUUCCUGGAGAGCUCCACUGGCAGCCCGGAGGAGCUCAAGUUCCACAGCUUGCCCCGGAGCUGCCCCCGGCAGGCCCCAGCCAGCGGAGCCCAGACGGAGCCUGGAGGACAGAGGGACCAGGGCUCCAGCCCAGCACACAGACCUCCGGCCUCGGAGGCCCAGGAGGAAAACCCCCACCCCACCUCCGCUUGGCCGAGGCAGCUCCCGGCGCCCCGGCCUGAGGAACCCGCCCCCGCCUUACCCCGGGUUCGGCGCAAUGGGGUCAGCAUCCUCCGAAAGAGGAACAGCGAGCCCGUGGGCCUGGGUUCCGUGCGGUCCCCUCCACUUCCGCCGUUGGCUCUAGGGAUUAGGGAGCAUGAGCUGGUGACGGGUCUGGCCCAGUUCGACCUCCAGGCUGCCAAGGACCCGGAGGAGCUGGCCCCGCUGACCGUAAAUGACUUCAGCCCAAUGGAGCUGGCGUCCGUGGGGGAUGAGAGCCCGCAGUCCCUGGGCGCCAGCAACGGCAGCCCGACGCCUGUGGGCAGAGGUGCCCAGGGGCGUCCCAACCCGGUCCCGGGGGAUGGCAGCGCUGCCCCGGAUGAGCCCAUCAGCGCGGCUCCGGUAUCUGAGGGCAGCAGCGACCCCGAGAACCAAGAUCCUGGGUCUCUGUUCUACAUCUCGGACACCACCGACUGCUCGCUGACCCUGGACUGCUCGGAGGGAACCGACUCCAGACCCGAAGGGGGGGACCCGGGGGAGGGGGGCGACGGGGAGGGCUCCGUGUCCUCCAGGGCUGGGGAGACGGGCGGCAGCCAGGUCUCCUCAAACCCUGCCUGCCACCCGCCUGCGGAGGCUCCCAUUGCCGCCUCCGCCUCCGGCCGCUCCCUCUCAGGGAAGAGCGAGCCGGACUGCAAGGGGGGCCUGCCCAAGGACGGGCCGGCCAGAGGGAGGGAGGUGAUGGCCCCGAAGAGGAGCCCCCUCAAAGAGGCGUCGACGGGGGCGUCCAGGGCUGGGCCUGCCCGGCGGGGCGCGGCAGCGGCGGGGCCGGUGCGGACGCUGACGGGCUGGGAGAGCGAGAGCAUGCGCAAGGUCGUGCCCAUCUCGCGCGCCGGCCGCGCCCCCCCACCCGGCAAGCGCCCCCCUCGCGAGGGCCCCGUCGGCGCUAACCCGCCGGCGCCGCUGUCGCGCCGCAGCUCGGUGCUGGGGACCCCGAACGCGUCGCCCGGGAGGCCUUCGACGGCGGUCCGGCCCGGGAGGGAGCCCCCAGCGCCGCCCAGGAGCUCCUUCAGGAAGCCCAGCGCCAAGCCCCUGCGCAAUGUCCCACGGCAGAAGCCCGAGGAGAGCAAGAUAUGCCGCUCCGGCCCCCAGGGCCCCGACAGCCCCGAGGAGCCGCCCCGCGCCCCGCCGGCCCCCAGCGCGCCCCGCGGCCCGGCCCCGGUCCCCAGCUUCGCCCGCAACACUGUCGCCUCCUCGUCUCGGUGCCAGAGGACCGACUCCCCGCCUGUGGCCAGAUCCCCGGGCCUCACCCGGACCGUGUCGCAGCGGCAGCUGAAGGUGAAGGGUGGCCCCGAGGACGCCGCCCCCAAGGACAGCGGCGCCCUGCGGCGGAUCGGCAGCGCCCGCGCCCCCCGGAAGGGGCCCGAGUCAGCCGAGGGCCCCGGAGACAGCGCCCAGGCCCCGCCGAAGGGCCGCGGGGCCGGGGAAAGGGCCUCCUUCCGGCUGAAGGACGCCUGUCGGGGGGCGCUGGGGAAGGGGCUCCAUCCCUUGUGGAAGUGAGAGGCGUCCGCGCUCCCCGCUCGCCUCAUGGGGUUCGGGUGGUGAGGACUGAUUUCUGCGAAAGGCCGACCCCGAAUGUCUAUUCCACAUAAAGUCUGCCGGGGCCACCUGCCAGUGCUCCUGUCACCGAAGGUGCAGCCGUGGGGCCCGCCCACCAUGCCGCGCUGACUCUGGCUGGAUGGACGGACGGACGGACGUCCUGCUGCCAUGGGCAGGCAUCUCCACCCGCGCCCCGGAGGUGGACCAGGCGGACCCCGUCUCCCAAACAGACCACAGAGACCCGUGAACGACUCAGACGAGGAAAAUGACUUUCCUAUGUAACAAGUAAAAGAAGAUUUGGGGCCAGUUUUUAUGUAUCAAUGACUUAUGUUUUAAUAUAAAACUUAAACGUUGUUUUAGUUGGUUCCUUUCACGGAGUGAAAUGCGGCCCAGGGGGGAAAUGGUGAAGAUGUUUUUAUCUUCUUGUGUUCCCUGGCCUCAGGGUUCCACCUGCCCACCGCGUGCAUAGCUGGCAACUGGACUUCCGCAAUACCUUGGGUGUUCUGUGGUUGGCUCCGUCUUCCUGAAGACUUUCUUCUUUGCUCGCCUCACCCUGCUGACUUUGGUGAGGGUUUGGGUGUGGACAGGAGGGAAAGUGAGACUGGUGGACGGAAAUCGGGUGCUCCUGUGUGUUGGGGCAGGCACCGUGGGCAGUGGGGCAAGUCUCCCCUGCAGAUGGGUGGCAGCCCCUGGGAGAAUGCUGAAGCUUCCAGAGUUUAGAGGUGCCAUAUUUUGAUGGAAGGUCAUCAGGGAGUGUUCAGCUGAGCACAUCUUUCCCGUUGUGUUUUCUCAUUUGAGUAUCUGUUGUAAAACUGAGUGAAGGCUGCUACGACUUGUGUUCGCUCUAGUUACAGGGAAGAAAAAAACCCUUCAGUCUCCCACUCUUUCCUUUGCUAAUGUGACCUGGAGCCUGGAGAGAAGCUCUCUCCUCUCACCUCUCUCCCUCUCUCCCUCUCUCUCUCUCUCUCUCUCUCUCUCUCUCUCUCUCUCUCUCUCUCGAUACUUUUUAAUGUUGCUGUCUGUUCUUUGGUACAGUGGUUUUAAAUCCUGAGAAAAACCAGAUCAAGUUUUUAAAAACAGACCCAAAAAAAUUGCUUUAAGAAGAUUUUAUAUUAUCAGGAAAUUUUUGGAAAAAAAAGGCUUCAUUCAAAAGAAAGAGGAAAACAUGUACUAUUUCUACUCAGUGCCAGUUCACUAUUUCCCUCUGACUAAUUGGGAAAUGGGGGAAUUCUUGAAACUUUUUUGUUAUUUAAAAAUCCCCCCCCUUUUUUUCACUUUUGAUCACUUGUUAGUGAAACUUUGUUUUAGAUCUGACAGUGGUAGGUGGAUUUCGGCAAAUAUAAUGUAUUUGUGAUGAAUCCAUAUGGUCGAUGUUACAGUCUCCCUCCUGUAGAAUGUUGCCUUCCAUUCAAAUUAAUUGGAAACUCUGAGCUUCCAUAAGUCAGCUAAAUGGAAAAGGUAAACUUCAUGGUUGAAGAAGUAAGGCACUUGACCACAAAACCUCUUGUAAAAGCAGCCCUCAGUACGUAUUUCCAGUGCUCCACAAAGAUGAAUCCUGAGCCAUUUUUCACCAUCCCAAAAAGCCUUAAAAAUCAUGUAUUUAACCAUGCAGACAAAAAUGUUCAAACCAUAGGGCCUGUGAAAGAGAUCAAAAGUUUGUGGAUUUGUGGGUAGUGCCAGGGUCGGGACCCCUUGGCGGGACCCUAGAAACUGGGGUCAGAGUCCCUGUUCCAUCACUGAUGCUGUGUGGUUUUGGCAAGUCACUCUCUCUUCUUAAUCCUUUGUUUCCCAGUCUGCAGAAGUAGGGGCAUGGCCUCGAUCAUGGUCUUCAAGCGUCCUUCAAACUCCAAGAGUCCAAGUCAUCAUGAGCAACCAAGGACCCAUGUCUGCCCUGGGAUCAGCUUCCAGAACUAACCCCCAGCAUCUCUACAGCAGAGGUCUCACAUAAAGGGCCACUCAGAAGAAAGCACCUUCAGAAUGAGUUGUUGCUUUGAUAUCUAAUAAGCUGAGUUUCCUGAGAAGUGGUGUUUCGCUUAGCCCUAUGGACAGCUUGUAUGCAUCUGUGUGAACAGGUGAUCAUUCUAUUACCUUUUAUUGGUAGUAAGCUUGGAAAAAUAAUUUAAAUAUAUAAUGCAGAACUGUAAAUAAGUUUCUAUAUAAAUUUAAGAUAAACUGAAUGUAUUUAAAGGGCCAUUUGUAUGUUCUUUUAUGUAAUGUGUAGUUUAAUAAAGUUCCUGUU